CAAGACACGUCAACAGACCCGUAACUUAGAAAAUUAAGCUGUUGUCUGAAUCAGUUAAAUAAAUAAAAAAACAAAUCAAGAUUCGAAGAAGAGCCGAAACCAUGGCUCUGUUUCAGGAUAUGCUGUCACUGUCCUCGACCUUCCACUCUCUUCCCAGGAGACUCCUGCCUGAGCCGCCUCGUCGUAGACUCGCCGUGAAAAGACCCCGUUCGAUUUGCAGAGCUUCAUGGCAAGAGCUCGCCGGUGUGCUGGUUUUCUCGGCGAUUCCGUUCACGGCGGUUAAAGCAAUCGCGAACAGCUCCUUGGGAGAAUCUCUACGGCGGAGAUUAGAGGAGAAAAAGAAAGAAGCCGUAGAGAACGCUUCAAGAUUCAACGCCAAAGCUCAGAAGGCUAGAGCCGACAGCAAGUGGUACGGACAAGAACGUCCCCGUUGGUUUGGUCCCAUCCCAUAUGAUUACCCUCCUUACCUUACUGGAGAACUUCCCGGUGAUUAUGGAUUCGACAUUGCAGGACUUGGCAAGGAUCGUUUGAACUUUGAUAAGUACUUCAACUUUGAAAUACUUCAUGCUCGUUGGGCCAUGCUUGCAGCGUUGGGUGCUCUGAUCCCAGAAGUGUUUGAUCUCACUGGAGCUUUUCAUUUUGUUGAACCCGUAUGGUGGCGAGUUGGUUACUCUAAGCUUCAGGGAGAGACGUUGGACUACCUAGGCAUCCCAGGGCUUCACGUAGCUGGGAGCCAAGGUGUCAUUGUUAUAGCCAUUUGCCAAGCACUCUUGAUGGUAGGACCGGAAUAUGCAAGAUACUGUGGCAUUGAGGCCUUGGAGCCACUGGGAAUAUACUUGCCAGGAGACAUAAACUAUCCAGGAGGAACGCUUUUUGAUCCCUUGAACCUCUCCCAAGACCCUGUAGCUUUUGAAGAUCUUAAGGUCAAAGAGAUCAAAAACGGGAGGCUAGCGAUGGUGGCGUGGCUCGGAUUCUAUGCACAAGCUGCUGUUACAGGGAAAGGACCUGUACAAAAUCUUGUUGAUCAUGUCUCUGAUCCAUUACAUAACAAUCUUCUUGCCAUUCUUCAGAUAUGAAAGAACAAAAGACUGUACAUAUGUAUAUAUGUCAAAAAGAAGGCAAUGAAUAUGUUUAUCCCUAAGUAACAAAGAUUUUACUCUUGUGGUGUUGUUUGUGAAUUUGUGUAUGUAUUUUUUUUGUUCAACAUUUGUGUAUGUAUUAUAUGAAGAUGAGUUUUCCGAUGA